UACUUUUUCGCGAGAUUGGUGUACAUGCCGACUCACCGUCUUGUGUUGGUUUAGCCAAAGAUAUGCUGGGUGCGGUUUCCAACGAAGAUAUAUUGAGGCUGACUCAACUUACUACCAAGUUACCGGAAGCACCACGGAAACCAGCUUACAAAGAGCAUCGUCACCGUCGUCAGCAAUCGGGUAAAUGAAUGAUUUACCUAAAGUUUUUUUUUUUCUGUUCAAUUCUGAAUAUGAAGAUUUUUGUAGAGAACGUCGAUCAUGCAAAAACGGGUCAUGGCCAGCGCCAGCCCACUCGGCGGUUAUCAGGCCAUCAACGGACAGACAGCUUACCGGACGUAUUUACGAUCAAUGCGGUGGAUGAUGUGAGGAAAAAGAUAUCGUUUGGAAACGAGGUCUCCAGAACGUUUCAAGCAACGCUGGAUCCGUCGCCGUUCCCUGUUGCACAAGGUUCCGAAUUCUCUGCGACAAGUUCGGACGAAUAUCCUUCGCAGAAUCAUUCACUGCAUACACUUGACAUGCCCUUGCCGCCGGCGCGCAUGUCCGUCAGUACCCCGCCCCCUUCCGCUUUAACUCAGAUCAACAACGAACAACCUAUUCCUUCGCGAUUAUCAUUCGAUAAUGACCUACAACCUUCCAGUCCUACGACUUGCGAACAUCGCAAAUCGUGGUACAAAACAUUGAUCAAACUGGAUAGGUUAAAAGGCAAAAACAAACCAAAUGGAGCGGGAUCCGAACAAUCACAGGACGACGAACCACGUACUUCCUCACUAGAUUAUGAAACCUCGGUUGCCCGUUCUCCUGUGAGUCUCAAAGCAAGAUCCAUCACCACCGACGAUGAACAGCCCCCCUUUUCGCCUCAUCUCACGUCGGACAGUAAGACCAGUCCACAUCACCCUAACCAUGGAUGGGCCCCUCUCAACUUAUCCAGCGACCAUGUACACCAAAUUCGACAAGCCAUGGCCGACGAAGAAGCCUCACAAGCGCGAGACAAGGACAUGCCGUUGCAAGCGUAUCUUCAGUUGAAAAACAAUCGACGUUACUCUCUCGAUGAUUUGAGAAAGCACCCCGAUUACCAUCUCUACCAGCCUCAGCCCUCUGUCGCCAAGGAUACCGCCGUCGCCUUUCGUCCCAACCUCAAGUCCACACGGUCGCCAGAGGUCAACCCGCGCGACCGAGUUGCCUUUGAAAACCUCUCUGACGUGGAAGAAACGAUUCCUUCGGUCUCAUCGAGCAUUCACAACGAGGAAUUUCCGGUAGAUCAAAGUGACUUUGAGGACCCUACAGAUGUGAAUUCGUCUGACAGUGGUCAGUCACAUGAAAAGCAGGUGGAAAAGGGGCAAGUGCUAUUGUUUGAUUACGAUACGUUACCUGAGGAAGUGGUGGCCCUUAUCAAUGAAUAUGAGAAAGAAGGAAAAGUGCAAAUGAAGGAACGACGAAUCAAAGACACGGACGGAUCGGACCGUCAAACCAGCAAGGACGAAGACGAAAACGAUGAGGAUGAAGAAUUGGAUCUGGAUAACGAAGAAGAUGAUGAAGACGACGUCAUCGAUGCCGCCAACAUCAUCUCGGGUCUCUAUACCCAUGCCAAUGCCUCUCCCACCGAUAAGAAAACAAUAGCGGUAGUGCAAGUCGAUCCAAAGGACAAGUCGGAAUUUGUCAAAUUGGUACAGAUGACGGGUGAAGAGGUGAUGGAUAACGGACCUCUCAUCGAUCUCCACGUGUCGUUGUUAGGACCGGUGGAUGACAAAGAACAAGCGUCGUCUCGCCGAUUUGACGAUAUUGAGGCGACCUUGAGAAUGGUCGGUGGCCGUUUGGAAGAAUUGGCUCGACUUUCCCAAGAAUCACAGCAAUUUCUGAAUGAUCGGUGGGACGUCACGGAGAGUUUGGCAUUGGAUAUGGUUGAUCAUGCUGGUCAUGAAACCACGACGGCCAGUGGUGACCGCAAAAGUGGGAGCCCGCAAGCCCUCUUUACCGAAGAACCGGAAGACUAUUUUGCAGGAGAAAAGGCAUCACGACGACGGUCCUCUUCCUUAUUAUCUUCCUUCAAUGGCAAACGAUCAUCGUCCGUGCAACGUCUUGAUCGCUCUUCAGGCCGAUACAGUCUAGCGUCCAUGCACCGAGCCCCAUCCUUAUUGCUCAACAAUAUCCCGUUCCGUUCCGUGAACCCAUUUGAUUACCGGCAGGAAGGUGUGCGCCUCAGUGUAGAAGCGCUGCAAACAGAAAUGACGGAGCUCAAACAGGCAUUGACGGAAACGGAAGUGGUCGUCCGAGACGUCCAAUUCGACAUGGCAACGACCCGAAAUCGCAUGGAAACCUACAUCAAAGAUAUACCCGAAACCCAUUACUCAGCUCUCAAAAAACUAGAAGUGGAUAUCGAGUCGAUUCUUGCCAACCGUGCCAAGAGUCCAUGGCUUGAUACUGGGUAUACAUUACUGUCUUACUUUUUAACAUUAUUUGCUAUUGGUGUAUGGAUUGUAAUCUGCCUGUUAAAGUGGAUCCGCAAGGUGAUUCUGUUUCCACAAACGUUGUGGAUCACCUAUUCCGAAUAUCUUGUGGAACGUGAUAAAGCCGUGAAAAAGGCUAGCAAACGAUCUUUGGCAAGCGGCAUCGAUCGGAAACCCAGCUACACUAAUCAUCAUGACCCUCAAACACGCAGCACGGAUUCCAUGCGAAAUCGCACCCCGCUGCACUCGUCCCCUAUCCAAAAAUGAAACCUCUCCAACUUUCCUGCUUAAUUUUCGUCACUCUUGAAUCACACAACUUAUUCCUAAUUCCUCUCAUUUUUCCAAUCUUUUUUUUUUCUUUUCAUGCAUCCUUAUUGUACCGCACACAGUUGCAUUACCUAAAAUUAAUCAUCAUCGCAAUAACAGAA